AUGCCUACGGAUUCUGCAGUACAUCGCCGCCUUUUCAUGGAAGGCUGCCUUGCUGCGUAUCGCAAAAGACGCCAUUCUAGACCUUCUUACGACAGGACUGGGGAUGGCUUUCACUUUGUUCUUCACCUUGUUACCAAAAACGCUUCUGAACCCUUUUGGCAAUCGAUUGUCUGGACGGUUCGGCCUAACCUUUCUUCGUCUUUUCGUCAUUCAGUAUGGUCUGGCGAGACUUCCUCGAUCAUCAGAACUCGGAAGUGUGUGGAAGAUACUACGGACGAUUGCGGGGUUGAACCCUCAUACGGUUGUUGGUGGAGAAAGGAGGAAGCUCCGGAGUCGGGAUGCCCUCUCCCGUUGGUUGGGAGGUGUGGGCGGAAGGUCUGGAUUGGUAUUAGGCAUGAUUCCGAGGAAAAGAUUUUAGCUUUCUCUGUUUAUUCAUGGCAACGCAACGAUGGCGAGCCAAGGAGGUCAAUUAAAAGGGUCGGGACUGGCUACUUUGCUCAGACAUUGGGAAAGACUGCUGUUAUGAAUCUGGCUUGGAGUGGCCGAGCAGGAUAA